CCCCGUGGUUCCAUAAUUUUCGUCCGGGUCGCUAUGUGGAAACUGGAACGACUUCUGGCAGAAUUUGUGCUGGCAAUCAUGUGUUUUCCGGUUGGAAGCACUCUUGAUGAAGAGCUGACGAAGGCCGAAUUAUGAAUCAACUCGUAAGUGAUGUUGAAAAUGCAAUUCGUAGCAAAUUUGAAGGAACAUCAGCGCCAUCCAGUGCCUGUAAAUCGGGCAAAGAGGCCGUAAGACACCCCCAGACCCAAGCUGAAAGAAUGGCAGUUCUUGGACAAAAUGUUUGCUACAUUGUGACUGCGGUUGUUAUCAACGAGGGGCGCGUUCUGAUGAUGAGAGAGGCUAAGAGAUCUUGUCGAGGAACAUGGUAUUUACCUGCUGGUAGAGUCGAAAAGAACGAGUCUCUCGAAGAAGGCGUAAUUAGAGAAGUAUUAGAGGAAACUGGACUUGCUUUUCAACCAGUAUCAAUUAUUUGCAUCGACUCUCAAGGAACCUUCUGGUUUCGAUUCACUUUCGUGGGCUGCAUAACGGGAGGAAAGCUUAAAACUUUGGAUGAACAGGACAAGGAGUCGAUGGAAGCGGGCUGGUUUCCGGCUGAAGAAGUGUUUACUUCUCUGCCUUUAAGAGCAAGGGACAUUUGCCCGUUGAUAGAUCUUGGGCUGAAAUGGUAUGAAACUAAACAAGAACAGACCAUUUGUAGACUGCUUCCUGCAAAGAAUUCCCAGGGACAAGUUACUGUUCGCCUGUUGGCUGUUAAAAGAGUUGAAAAAGAUGAUGAAAAAUCGCUUUUUUGUCUGGUGUGCCACAACUCUACCGGUGAUGGUAACCACAACUGUCAUCCUUAUUUUCCAAGCAAGUCUGUGGGUAUAGAUGGCUCAAAUAUCACUCAUGUCGUUGACCAGCUUAUCAAAGAUUUUGACAGUAACCUACAGUACAAAAAACAUGGCUACGUUACUGUUGAACACACCGGAAAGCCUCAUGGAGAAGCAGAUGGAGUAUGUCUUACCGUUCUUGUAGAGGUGUUUCCAGCAGUUGAGGAGGGAGGUUUGAAAGGAAAAUAUCAGUGGUUUAAAGUAGAAGAAAAAUCCUCGACAGAAAAUAUUUGGAAACUCAUAGAUGUUAAGGGUUUUGUUGAGUUUGUGGAAUCUUAAUUGACAGCCUUUGCUUGAAGGAGGGUCGGGGGGUUAUUACAACAAAGGAUCAGCAGAUUCUGACAGUAUUUUUGGAUUCAUAGCAAAAGCUUAACCCUGUAACUCCCAUGAGUGACCAAGACAGAAUUUCUCCUUACAAUGUCAAUAAAAACAUUAACCAGAUAGGUGAUGAGAAUAAAGAAAAAUAUCAAUUUGGGGACAAUUAGUUGAUUGAAUACUAAAUUCUCUGAACUAAUAUUAUAAGAAUUAUUUGGUAGACAGUAAGGAGAAUUACAAAUUUGAUCUGGAAAAAAAGGGUUGAAGGAUUUGCAGAUCCUGAAAUCACAGUGGUUGGCGGUUUUCAUGGAUUUUUUUGGGCCCAGAUUUUCAAUUUUGCUUUGGACAACAACUCUGAAUCAACAACAGGUUUCUAAUGUAAAAGUUGAUCUUUUACAGUACGGCUCAGAAAUAUGUUAGCUGCACAGAUGUAUUUUAUAUACUCAGACACAGGUAGUCAGACAAGCAUAUAUGCUUUUCAUGUGCAACGCAUGUGUCAUUGUUGUGUAAAACAAAGAAGUUUUGAGUUUGAAAAGGAAACAAAUUCACAACAGAAGAUUUUGAUAAUGAAUGGCAUGGCUUUGGGGAUUUGUUGAAUAGCAAGCAGUAGCAGUAGACUUGCUUGAUUUGAGCAGUUGAUAAUUGAGAAAGAAAAGGGAAAUGUCAUUUACACAAGGCAUUUAAGAUGUAAAUCAUUAAUUGAACAACAAAGUAAAUACUCACUAAUAUGCUACCUGAUUUAUUCUGUUUUAGUUUGUUAAAGGUCCUAUAAAAAGUGAAAACGAUUUUUAGAAAAUUGUUUAGUUAACACACAAAAGUUCAAGGUGCCUUUUCACAAAUCCAGGUGUCAAGUAGCAAACAGAUUCAGUGUUAACUUUUUUUGUAUCCAGAUCUAUGGAUUUAGUUAUUAAAUUACAGUGGAUCUGCAGAUUUGCAUAUCCCUAUUCACCUCCCUCUUGAGGAAUGGAUAAGAGAGCUGAGAUGCAAAUAUCUCAAAUUUUCAGACUUUUGCCUUCCCCAUGACCAGAUUUUUAGUCGUUGGCCAAAGACAUCUUCAAACAGAAACAGGGUAGAUUGAAACUCAAACCUUUGGUGCACCAAGUUGAAAUGUCUUUUAGGAUCAGUCCCAGCAAUCAAGUUCAACAUUUGACUCAGACACUGAACUUGAUCAGUAAAACUUAUGCUUUAGUCAGAGAAGCAAAUUAUGUUAUGCAAAACUAACUUUCUACUAGUUUGUGCUUAAGAUUCAGGAAAUUAAAUUUUGCUGUUUGAAUCAAUUAGUUGCUCUUUACCAAUAAACCUCCUAGGUAUGCAAACUGAUCUAAAUUGGAUGUUUCAAACUUAUUUGCAUUUAAUGUGAGUGUAUAGAAGAAGGAAUUAUGCUUGGUACAUUUAAGUACAUGAAGAAGAUUGAGUCAGUAAUUAUUUUGGUCAAUAACAUGUUGCAUGGUUCCCAAGUUAAUGUGCGAUAAAGUUCUGUAAUGUUAAUAAUUGUGUAUUUUAGGAUGUGAUGUUUUUUGACAACUGAUUUUUUUAAAACUGAAUUAAGAAUCAUUACAUGAUGCAAUAGUAUUAUCAUUGGUAUUAUCAUUAAGAGAACUUGUAUAAUUUUGGCAACAGGAAGCCUAUACUUUUGAUUUGAUAUUUUUCAUCUGAAAGUGUAUUAUACAUAUGUAUUUUUUUAAGUCAAUAGGUUAUGCAAAGGCUAUAAAUUGUAAUCAAUUUUUUUUUUCAGUAGAGCGAAAAGCUGCACUCCAAAUCUAGUUCUGUUCCAUUCUUGAUUUGGAUUUAGUUGAUCCAUUGUUGGAUAUUUUCACUUUUUUUAAUCUGCCUAACUUUUUAACUCCCAGAUCAAAUUUGUAAUUCUCCUUACUGUCAACCAUACAAUUCUUAUAAUGUUAGUUCAGAGAAUUUAGUAUUAGAUCAACUAAUUAUCUCCAAAUUGAUAUUUUUCUUUAUUCUCAUUACUUAUCUGGUUGAUAUUGUAUUGAUAUUGUAAGGAGAAAUUCUGUCUUGGUCACUCAUGGGAGUUAAAGGGUUAAUUCUACCCUUAAACUGCUAUACAUUUCCUUGAAACUUAGUAACAAGAAUUUGGUGAUAGAUCAAAAUACAAUGUAACAAAUUCUAUACAAUUAGUUUGAGUAUUCUUAUCACCUGUUUGCAGGAUUAUGUAUGGAUAUUUUAGGGAGAACUUACAUGUUGAUUUUUUCUGGGAGUUAACAGUUAAUAUUGAAAAGUAUUUAAUGAUUAUUAUAGUUAUCACUCAAUGAGGUGUAUUAAUUGUCGAUUUAAUACAUCAGUUUAUUUUUUUAGAGAAAUCUUCAUUAUCUUGAAUUAAGUUCAUAAAUAUUAUUUGAUGAAUAUUAAAGUAUGUAUUUGAAUUAUUUUUUUAUGAAAAAAAACUAUGUUAGCAUGUAGAGUGGUAUGUUACUUACACCAAUCAGAUCACUACAUUUGGGUAUGUAUCUCGCACCAAUCAUAUCACAGCAUUAAAUAUCUUGAGC